AUGAGAAGGGGAAUAAAUAGAUAUAUUUAUUUAUACUUGAAACCUUUCAAAGAAAAUAUAAAUAAACAUUUGUGUUUAUAUUUGCAAAUAUUAUUUAAAAUUGUGACGACAAUGAAAAUUUCUUUUCAGCAAAUAUUUCCUUUAUUUGCAGCUUUUCUUUUUAGCAGUGAAACCUCAGCUAAUUUUUUCUUUGGAAAUGUUGUUGGGAAUAAUGGAGUAAAUUCAAUCAACAAAAAUGUCAGAUUUCGUUACCCUCCCCGAACACAAAAUUUUAUGGCCAAACAAAAUUUUCAAUUGGGACAAAUUUUGUCUAAAACAACAACAAAAACACCCAACAAAUCUUCAAAAAAUUCUUCAAAAAAUCAAAGAAAAAAUAAAAAACCAAAAAUUUUAAUGAAAAGUAAAGGGUUAUUAUUAAAUAAUAAUCAACAUUUUAAGACAACAUUUAAAAAUGUUUUUGGAUUUAAAACGGUUUUUUUGAGAAAAAAAUUUUUUCUAGUUUACCGGUCCCUGAAGAAAUAA